AUGCCAGGUACCUUCCAAGAAGAUGCAGAGAGGCCCCCGGGCGAAUCAUGUGGUUCUGAAAGUUCGAAUACCGGCUCCUUCGUCGCGCAAGUUGCUACCCGUUUCAACAGGUCAAUCGCGCCGCUUAACAUGGACGACGACACCAAACUCUCCGCUGAGAAACCACAUCCCUUCUCCUUCAGAUUCGCCACGGCCGUCGACAUCAAGAAGACAUGGGAAGAGAUUGAAGUGAAGAAGACUCGUCUGCAAGGUUUCGACGCAUUGCAAAUCAUGUCGGACCUUAGCUUGUUGGAACACGCCCAUAUUUCCAAGGAAGCAAUACUGUCGUGUCCCAUUAUGGACCAAGUACGUGAUCUUCAGAUCCAUCCCAAUGAAAAAAUUGCUGCAAAGGCCUCUGUGGUACUCCCGCGACUAGAAUCCAUCAUCUCACCAAAACAAGAUCCUCAGCCUGAGCCCACUUCCAACGAGGGUUUUUGGGAGAAAAUGAUUCGACAUUCGGGUCCGAGUAUUUCUACAUCACAGAAUAUAUUCGAUACGCCUACGCUGUUUCGCGGCGGCAGCGUACUUGCUCCAAAAGCCAUGGAACAAAGAUCCUCUGUGAAGAGCACGAUCCCCGACAAGGAUGCCACAUCUGGUCUGUUUGGAAAGACAGCGUCUGAUGUCUCGAAGCCUUCGGAUACAAAAACUCCCCUAGACGUGUGGGCAAAAGCCGAUAUCAACACAUACGAGGACCUUGUCGAAUACCUCAACACUUCCAUUGAACUGGACGAGCGGGACAUACCGCUCUGGCGAGAUGACCUGGGUCGUCUAUGGAAAGAGGUUACGUCAGUCAUCAAUGAGCUUUACAGCAACGGAAGCAAAGAUGGAAAGUCACUUGAUAAACAUCAGCGCAACAAAGAGCAAUCGGGAAGCACAUUAGUUGGAUCAAUGUGUGUCACGCUACGGAAGCUUCUCGCCGUCGAUGAACAAAACAUCGCCAAACAGCAAACUCGUAUGGAUGAGAUAAAAGGGGGUAUGCAAGCAAUGAAAGCGAAGCUUGUAUCUACCGAGGAGAGCCUAAAGAAUUAUUCAAUAAAGCUCUCCACUAUCGGAGAGCAGCUCAAAAAAGCCGAAAAGCUACUCAAGGAAUUGGAAGAAGAAAAUAUCGAAUUGAAGAAAAGGGAGAAAGACAUAGACCGGAUUAUGGAAGAGCACGCAGCUUCGUUGAAGGAGGAAAAUCAAGAUCUCAGCUUAACCAAGCUUACCCUGGGCAAGAAGUGCGAAGACCUCAAGGUGGAAGUGGAGAGUCUGAAAAGCUACGAGCAAGGUUAUAUACAAAUCAAGCAGCAACUGGAGGAGCUUCAGACAUCGUAUAACGAUGUUGUCGCCGAGCACGACGAUCUACAACAACGUUUAAAUGACGUGGAAACUGCCGGAACGGACGAGCCGAGGCCUGAGCCAAAGCCUGAGCCGAAGCCCAGCUCUUCUACGUCGACGUCUGCUGCACCGCGUCGGGAUAACCAAAAUCACACGGCUGACACGGAUCGUCUCGACCUUGUGGUAAAUUUCUGGGAAAAGGCCCUCAAAGAAAAGCUUGCAUCGAAUGACAAGACCAAGACACAGAUUUCAGUUCUUGACGCCGAAAUCGAGAAAGCUCAACAGGCUUUGAGUCUUCGUCUUGCACCGACAACACCUGCACCGACGGCACCUGCACUGGCGACAUCUAUUGCACCGACGGCGCUUGAUGUACCGCCAACGCCAAUUUUUUAUAAAAGAGGACUUCUCGAGACCGUUGGGCGGGUGUAG